AUGGCUCUCAAAGUCCUCAAUCCACAGGUGAAAAGCUCCCUGAGUGGGAGCAUGUUUUUGGACCAUGGUUUUCUACAGGAGCAGAAGCCUCCACCUCCACUCCGCAGCUACCUUUGCUUGACUAUUUUCACCUGCUUCUGUCCUGCAUACCCUGUCAACAUUGUGGCCCUGGUCUUCUCUAUCAUGUCUAGGAACAGUUAUUACCAUGGCGACUAUGACGGGUCCAGGCAACUGGGCAAGAACGCUCUUUAUGUCGCUGUCGCCUCGGUUAUAAUCGGCCUACUAAUCAUCGCCAUCUCCUGCAUCGUUCAUUUUACCACAGUAGAUUCCAUAGCACUGUGUAAAGACAUGUUGCCGCAGCUCUCACCAUCUGCCAAUGAAAGGACUCGACUUUACUUCGAUGUGUAA